UUGUACCUUGACGUUUUCCACCACUAAAAUCGUAAGACGGGCAAUUUUUUUAUUAUGGCACUUGCGCGGCUCACAAACAAUAUUUGCUGAUUAAAAUCCAUUGGAAGUCGCUGCCAAACGUCGAGGGCUCUUCAAGUUAAAGUUCCUGCAUAAUAGGAUCGCCGCAAGACAAGCAAAAGUGCCGGAGACCAGCCGUUUACUCACCGCCGCCUACUUCACCAGCGCAAAACGAGGAGACGCCGAACGGAACAUACAGUUUGUGCAAAUAGCUAAAAUCCACACAGUCCGCCAUCGAAUAUUAUGAAAUGGAACCAAUACCUUUCACAGACAAUGCCUUCGGCGAUCAGUGGCGCGGCACAUGGCCAAGUCCACAUACCGAGCAACGAGGAGUGCGGCAUCCGGGACGUGUGGAAGCAUAACCUGGAGGAGGAGUUCCGCACCAUCCGCAAAGUGGUGCAGAAGUACCACUAUGUGGCCAUGGACACCGAGUUCCCGGGCGUGGUGGCACGACCCGUCGGCGAGUUCCGCUCCACGGCGGACUACCAUUACCAGCUGCUGCGCUGCAAUGUCGACCUUCUGCGGAUCAUCCAAUUGGGUUUGACUUUCAUGGACGACGAUGGCAAAACGCCGCCGGGCUACUCGACCUGGCAGUUCAACUUCAAGUUCAACCUGAGCGAGGACAUGUAUGCGCAGGACUCGAUAGAUCUGUUGCAGAACUCUGGCAUCCAGUUCAAGAAGCACGAGGAGGACGGCAUCGAUCCCAUUGAGUUCGCCGAACUGCUAAUGAGCUCCGGCAUUGUGCUGGUGGACAACAUCAAGUGGCUGUGCUUCCACUCUGGCUACGAUUUCGGCUACCUUUUGAAGCUGCUCACGGAUCAGAAUCUGCCCUCGGACGAGAGCGAGUUCUUCGAACUGCUGCACAUAUACUUCCCCAAUAUCUUCGACAUCAAAUAUCUGAUGAAGUCCUGCAAGAACCUGAAGGGCGGCCUGCAGGAGGUGGCCGAUCAGCUGGAACUGCGGCGCGUUGGCCCCCAGCAUCAGGCCGGUUCCGAUGCCCUGCUUACGGGCAUGGCCUUCUUCAAAAUGCGUGAGAUGUUCUUCGAGGACAACAUCGACCAUGCCAAGUACUCCGGACACCUGUACGGCCUGGGCACCUCGUUCAUCGUCAACGGCACCAACUUCCACGAGAGCAACGGGGAGACGAACAGCGCCUCAUGAUUCGUGCUAAUGGGCAACGUGGUCGUUCACGACCGGAAGUUCGAGCAGGAGGGAUUAGCAGCGGGUCCGCCGGCCUCGGUGCAGGCCACACCACCUGGCCAACCCAUCCUCGCCGCCGCCACCACACCUUUGCAAUAGUCUGCCAACAGCCACAGAACGUUCCCGUUUAUACAACAUUUACCCCGUCAGCCAUAAGCUAAUCUCUUGAUGUUCCCACGCUAGUUCAGAAAAAAAAGCAACCGUAAAACGCAAAAAUAUGAGAGAAACCUGCUAAACUAGAACAGAUUCAAUUUCAAAUUCUGCAUGUCUUAAAUGUGUUACGAAUACAGAACUAAGGUAACUAAGCUUAUAUUGUAAGCCAAAGGGCAAAAUAGAAUAUUGUGUAUUUGUAAAAAAAAAAAACAACAACAAUAUAUUUAAAACUUUUUAA